AUUACAAUAUCAUUGUUUUCAAUAUAUAUUGAAAGUGUCUACUGGCGCAGGAAAUCUGCAAGGAUUUGGGAUUUCAAACAGAAGAAGGGUUCGCGCAAAUCAAGCUUGAAUACGCCCCGUCGCGCUCUAACGAAACCAAAGUGACCCAAACCCUCCCGUCUCCACGCUAUCUCCCUUUCUAUUUCAGCUCUAUCCAGGGAAGAGGAGUUAUUUAGCAUAAUCGAUCGAUAUGUCAGGUCUCGACGUUGAAGCUCUUCUCGAGUCUACAGCGGCCCCCGCGCCCCAGGAUUCCGCACAAUCCAAUGACCGUGAUGACCGUUCCAAAGCCGACCAGGACCGCCGUGACCGCGACCGCUCGCGGGAAGGAGAGCGCAGACGACGAGAACGCAGCCGUGACCGGUGUCGUGGGCGGGACGCCGAUGGGGAUGAGGACAUGAGGAGUCCGAGAAGCGAACACGGCAGUGCUAACGGAAGCCAUAGAAGCAGAAAGAGGAGCAGGAGCCGCGACAGUCGCCGCUCUCGUCGUGGUGAUCGCUACAGCGGUGACGACCACCGCUCCGGUGGUGAUUUCUACCGCGGUGGCGGCCGUGCUCGCACUCGCUCUCGGUCCCCCGUUGAUGACCGCUACUACCGCCCUUCGGGCCGUUCGCGUCGUGACGACGACAGGCGCUCUCGCCGCGAAAGAGACGGUCGCAGACGUAGCCCAAGCCCAAAGAGUCGCAGUAAAACCCCCGAGCCUACUGAAGACGAGCGUGAUAGACGUACCAUUUUCGUGCAGCAGCUUGCCGCCCGCUUGAGAACGAAGGAGUUGAUCGCCUUUUUUGAAAAGGUUGGCCCUGUUAAGGAAGCUCAGAUCGUUAAAGAUCGUGUCAGUGGAAGAUCUAAAGGUGUUGGCUACGUCGAGUUCAAAUCCGAGGAUUCAGUACUUCCUGCUAUCCAGCUUACCGGGCAAAAGCUUCUAGGAAUACCAAUCAUUGCGCAGUUGACUGAAGCUGAGAAGAACCGCCAGGCUCGCAACCCCGAGGCCAGCAGUGGAACCAAUCACUCGGCGCCAUUUCACAGGCUGUAUGUGGGUAACAUCCAUUUCAGUAUCACUGAAAGUGACCUCCAGAAUGUUUUUGAGCCAUUUGGCGAACUCGAGUUUGUUCAAUUGCAAAAGGAUGAUACUGCCAGAAGCAGAGGCUAUGGCUUUGUGCAGUUCCGGGAUCCCAACCAAGCCCGAGAGGCAUUGGAAAAGAUGAACGGCUUUGACCUUGCUGGUCGAGCAAUCCGCGUUGGCCUUGGCAAUGAUAAGUUCACCCCUGAGUCGACUUCGCAACGCGUGCAGAGCCAAGGUGCAAACCAACAAAAUUUCCAGGGUUCUUCCUUCUCCGGUCAGGGAGGACGUGGUGUUCAAGCUGGAGGAAAUAACAAUUUCGACCGUGCUGGCGGCCGGGAAUCCGAAAAGGGUGCUGGGGCCAGUGCUCUGGAUGACACAGACGUUGCCGGUGUGAACUUCAACAACUACAGUAGAGACGCAUUGAUGAGGAAGCUUGCAAGAACAGAUGAACCCGAGCCUUCUGCCGACGACAAGCAAAAAAUGCUCCGACCCAAGACAGAAACAAAGCCACUUCCCGUUAAUGUUAACAUGGCGAGUCGAUGUGUCAUGCUUCGCGAUAUGUUUGACCCUGCUGAAGAAGAGGGUGAGGCUUGGAUUAAAGAGCUGGAAGAUGACGUCCGCGCUGAGUGCGAAGAGAAAUAUGGCCAUGUUGUUCACAUUGCACUAGAUCCGAACUCUCAAGGCGACAUUUAUCUCAAGUUUGACCGAGUGCAGGGUGGUGAAAAUGCCAUCAAGGGUCUGAACGGACGAUUCUUCGGUGGGAAACAGAUUACUGCCCAGCCCGUUGUUGACGCUGUCUACAGCAGUCUUUUCUCCCGAACCAAAGCUAUCUAGAGCUCUCGACCUCGCGUUAAGAACCUACCAAAGCUGGCAAGAUGGUAGGUAUUUCAUCUAAUAAUCGUUACUAGGCGCAACUCGUGACGGCAGGACCACACUUUGACCUUGAGCUGUUGUUGAACUCCUUUUGCUUCGACUUGGUGCUUGGAUGACACUGCCCCUGGUAGGUGCCAAUCUUUCAACAUGUUGCUUCUUCUUUUCUUUUUUUCUUCGUGGUUGUUUGUAUGAGCCAAAGGGCCCGGUGUGAAAUGAUCUGUUUAUAGGAACCUGCAUAUUGCAUAUUGCAUCAUUGCAAUCUACAAAUUAUACCUCUACAUUAAGAUUUCGUAUUUUCCCCCGAAGAUUUGUAGUCAGUGGGGUUUACAACCCGUCGCUUUGUUUACAACGUACGGCCACACUGUAUGCCUGCCACGGAAUAUCAAAUCCCAUGUC